CUACGUGGAUGGUGUAUGUGUGACACGUCGUUAGCUACUCUUCUACCUCCUACUGCCAGUAAACGUUUAAAGUAAUUUGAAGGAACACGUUAUCAGAACGUAACGCGACUUCAAACAGUGAUUUUACUUGAAUAUUUCGGACGUGUUAAUUAUACUCGUAUAAUUAUACAUACGGUUAAAAAGUAAAGUAAUUCAAGAUCUUUAUUAAAUACAAUUCAGAAGAAACAACAGGUUAUUGUACAGCAAAUUUGUUGUGAUCAUCUGGUACUUGUUCAAGAUUUUAAAUUAAAAAUAUACAAUGCCUGCCGCACCUAGUGCAACUUCGGUCGGAGCCGCGGGGAGAUCACCAAGCAAAGCCAUAGCACCUAGAACAAGCGGUAGCGGUACUGUCAGGCAAAGGAAAACUGCCACAACUACUUCAACCAGAAGUAGAAAUACAGGUGCUGGCUCUGAUGGUAUGUGGAGGUUUUACACAGAUGACUCCCCUGGCAUUAAAGUAGGACCAGUACCGGUGCUCGUGAUGUCCCUGCUCUUCAUUGCAUCUGUGUUCAUGCUUCACAUCUGGGGCAAAUACACUAGAUCUUAAAAUUGAAUGUGGUUUACAAAUAUAUCUAAAGAAUUGGUGCGAUGAAAGAGGAAAAUGUGGAAUAACUAAGAACAGAUUUAAAAAACUUAAGCCAGUCAUACUCAGAAGGAAUGUGGAUAUCAAGAAGGCUUACUAUGUAUAUUUUUAAUAUGGUUUCUUAAUUGAUUUAAGGAAAUCCGAGCCCUGCUCGUCGUACAUUGCAUUUUCAUAAGAUGGAUCUCUUGAACAAUGCACUUUUUAUCGCGAAACAAAACAGAAAUUUAAUGCGCGAUCAUAAAUAUUACCAUUGUAAUCGUUUACUUUCAUGGAACUGAAUUUUAUAACAUUUGUAAAAAGAUAUCUUGAAAAAAAUUGUAUUUGUGCAUAAUAAGCGAUCGACACGGUACUGAUUGUCGUUCAGUAUUGUUGAUCAUAUACUGGUUAUUGUUUGUAAAGUUACUAUUACGAUGAUAUACAUGUACAAUAUUAAAAUAAAUUAUUCUUUGUCCAAUUA